UCUCCUCCUCCUGCGAUAAGGAUGCUGGUGGUUUUACACGGUCAAACUCCACGGGAUUUGCCUGAGUUGAACAAUCGGACCAUGUAAACAGAUCAGAUGUUCAUAGAGUGUGGCUAUCCAGCGGUGUGACCUCUCACCUUUGACCUCUGAUUUGACCUCUCUACACCCUUGCAACCUUCAAACACUCUUCUGAUGUGUUAAGCAACUUUGCUGAACAGUUUGAUGGAGAGCUGGUCGGAUGACAGCUGGAACUGUUGUCAUAACCGGGGGAAUACUGGCCACAGUGAUACUUCUGUGUAUCAUAGCUGUGCUCUGUUACUGUAGACUCCAGUACUACUGCUGUAAGAAGAAUGGGUCUGACAGUGGCUCUGUCUCUCAACAACACUUUGCGUGCAACGCCUGCAGUGUCUCUGGCCUGGACGGGUCGAUCAUCACCCCGCUGUCCAUGUCACCUCCAGAGGCGCCCGGAUCCUCCAACCCCACCAAACCCACAGGGGGGCAACGGAGUUACUGCCCCACCUGCUCACCCUAUGACUCACCCUUCUACAUUCGUACCACAGAUGAGAUGCGCAAUGGUGGUGAGCGCAUCACCUACAUGCCCACACACUAUGAGAACCAGGCGCUGGCAAUGCCUCUGCCCACCGUCCGAGGCUCCCUGCUGAGGGAGACCCAGCGAGGCCGGCCUCCCGAUUUCUACACCAACACCCGAGCCAUCAGCACCGAGGUGUGA